UAAUGGAGGAAUCGAAAACUGUCCUCUUCGACAAGUACGAGAUCGGAAAACUUAUCGGAACCGGUAACUUCGCCAAAGUAUACCACGGAACCGAGAUCGCCACCGGCGAUGACGUGGCAAUCAAGGUAAUUAAAAAAGACCACGUGGCGAGACGUCGAGGCAUGAAUGAGCAAAUCGAAAGAGAGAUCUCCGUCAUGCGUCUCCUCCGUCACCCAAACGUCGUCGAGCUCCGUGAAGUAAUGGCCACAAAGAAGAAGAUCUUCUUCGUCAUGGAGUACGUCGACGGCGGAGAGCUCUUCGAGAGGCUAGACAGAGACGGAAAGCUCCCGGAGGAUCUUGCACGGAAAUAUUUCCAGCAACUGAUAUCCGCCGUAGAUUUUUGCCACAGCCGCGGCGUUUUCCACCGCGAUAUUAAGCCGGAGAAUCUGUUACUCGACGGAGCCGGCGAUCUGAAGGUGUCGGAUUUUGGGCUUUCGGCUUUGAUGAUGCCGGAGCUGCUCGGCGGUCGACGUGGCAGCAGCGACGAUCUUCUCCAUACGCGGUGUGGAACGCCGGCUUAUGUUGCGCCGGAGGUUCUUAGAAAUAAAGGCUACGACGGAGCUACGGCGGAUAUUUGGUCGUGUGGCAUCGUUUUGUAUGCUCUCCUCGCUGGAUUCUUGCCGUUUAUCGACGAAAACGUCAUGACCUUGUACACAAAGAUCUUCAAGGCGGAGAUCGAAUUCCCGCCAUGGUUUUCGUCGGAAUCAGAGGAAGUGAUCUCAAUGUUGCUCGUGGCAGAUCCUGAACAACGGAUUACAAUGUCGGAGAUCAAACGGAUUCCAUGGUUCCGGAAGAAUUUCACACCGCCGGUAGCCUUUUCAAUCGACGAGACAAUCCCAUCUCCGCCGGAGCCGCCGGCGAAAAAGAAGAAGAAACAUCUCUUGAGCACGGAGGAAGAAGAAGACGACGGAGUUUCUCCAAGAUCAUUCAACGCAUUCCAAUUCAUCUCAUCAAUGUCUUCAGGUUUCGACCUUUCCAGCUUAUUCGAGAUAAAACGGAAACCCAAAAGAAUGUUCACUUCAAAGUUGCCGGCGAUAUCCGUCAAGGAGAGGCUAGAGACGGCGGCGCGUGAGAUGAACAUGAGGGUGAAACACGUUAAAGACUGCAAGAUGAAGCUGCAGAGGAGAACGGAAGGUCGCAAAGGGAGACUAUCGGUGACGGUUGAAGUUUUCGAAGUCGCUCCUGAAGUCUCCGUCGUCGAGUUCUGUAAAUCCUCCGGCGAUACUUUGGAGUAUUACUUGUUUUGCGAGGAUGACGUCAGGCCAGCUCUUAAAGACAUUGUCUGGUCUUGGCAAGGUGAUGAUGAUGAGGACGAUGUUAACACUAAUGAUAAUGUUAACGCAACUAAUAAUAAUACUUCAUGAACUGUAAUAUUUCAAUUUUUUUUUUGGCAUUGUAUGCAAG